UUCACUGUUAUGUAGAAUAUUUGUGCGCGUGCAAGUGCUCAUGUGCCGGCAAAGCGUGAUUGAGAAGAACAUAAAAUGUGACAGCUGUUCUGCGUUGGUCUAAAUAGUUUCGGUGGGUAGGUGAGAGAAAUGGAGUUGAAGAAUAACGAAAAAUACUACGAGUGGUGCAAAGCCUAUUGUUUACAACGUGAAUGUGAAAAAUAUGUGGCCCAUAGCGAGAUGCGAGAGAAAAGAGAGCACGUUGAGAGAGGGUGAUGACGAUAGGCGGAAAAAAAUAGCUGCUUGUCGCAGUGUUGCCAAAGAGGCCACAAAAUGCAAUUUUCUCCCUGAAAAUUAGCAAAAGAAAGUAGUGACAAGGAAAAGCAACGCAAAUCGUGCAACAAAUCACCACCCCGGCAAUUUAGUUCGUUUUGUGAGCUUCAUAAAGAAACAACCAACGGCACUUUUACGUUCGACAGGCAGCGCUGCGAAUUUUCAAUGCAAUAGUUGUUGUACGCAACCGGGGGACGAGCGAGUGUGUGGAGUGUGAGAGGGGUGUGGGCUGUAGUGGAAUAGAAAAAAAAGUGAUUAAAACAAAAUUAAAGAAUAUUUAAAAAGUUCGAAAGCCAAGUGUAAAUGAGCGACAAUAAUUGGCUAUAACUAAUGGCUGGCUAAAAAUAAGCGCAGAGUAAAAUAUACCUGAAUUAGCCAAUUUAAUGCAGCUGCAUAGUUUUAGCAGAGCUAACAAGAAAGAGAAGUGAACGAAAAAACUGCAAAGUGUGUAUUUACGCACACUUCGAAUUGGGAUUGAAUUUUGAACAAAGAAAGAAAAAAUCAAUUGAAACAGAAAAGUUCAAAUAAAAAUUGUACAUUAGUAUAUGUAUGCACAAGUGUGUAUGUGUGUGUGUUGAAAAAAAUUUAGCCUGCAUUGAGCAAAACUGUGAAAAUAAUACAGAAAAUUCAAAAAACCUGCUCGUGCGCAUAACCACAAAAAAGCCCUAAUAUUUGGCAGUCUGCCAUCCAAACAAAACAGAAAAAGGUGCAAAAAGAAAUCGCAGCCGCCAAGGGCUAGCCCGCUCCAAAGCAAAGAAUGCAAAACAAACCAACAAUUAAAUACACAAGUAAACUAGCAAAUACAAUAUACAACGGACCAAUGGGUACGGUGAGUCAUAACGUUCUCUUCGAUGGCAGUGGAGCUCGUAUGGUGGUUGGGUCCGCCAUCCUUGUUUAUUUACUCGUCUACAAUGAGGCUUGCGCGCCAGCUAUUGUGCUCGCCAACUUUUUGGCCUGCAUUUAUGGAUUAAUAGCAGCAUUCUGCAAGUCCAGUCUACGCUCCCUCCAAAUGCCCUACAUACGCGCUACCAACAAAUUUGACUUCACCUGUCUCUUUCUCGCCACAUGGAUGGAUGUGUUGGCGGUACUGUGUGCCUGUGCAGCUUUGGCGCGUACAAUGAGCACCUGCUUGGAUGCGAUGACAGGUGGCAUGGCGCAUAUUCUCAUUUUGGGCCGCAAUUCAUCAGCGAAUGAGCCAUGGCCGGAUGUUGUGGGUGUUGCGGUGGUUCUUCUAAUUACUGGCAUGUUUAUGCUGGGCUUGGAGAAUUCCAAAGUCUUUUGCAUGAUCAUGUUGACUGGAAUGGUUAUCCUGGGCGUCUUGGUAAGCGCCGUGACUCUUUGGAAAGCUGAUUCGCAGGAAUGGAAACGCUAUCUUUUUCGACCAAAUGGCAUUAAUAGUUUUCUCACGGCAGCGGGACUACUCACCUUCGCAUAUCCGAAAGACUAUCCAUCGAAAAAUUCGUUUCUUGACCGAAUGACAGGAGUUAUUUACAUACUUAGGACCUUCUGUUCAAUAAUGCUUAAAGCACUGGGCUUUUCAUUAUUAAUGAACUACAAACCCGCUGCGGAGUACAAUGCCAUUCCAAUCUUCACUUUUGUGAACGACCUGAAUUUUCACAAUUUCGUACCAGCCAUAGCUUGUCUUUUAAUGUUAACCUGCUCGGCCGCAUAUUUGGAGCUUUUCCAAGAACUCUACGGCUACAUAGUACGCUUUGCGACCGCCGAAUGGAAGGUGUUUUCCAAGCAAAUAAGUUAUGAGAGUCCUGACAGCGGCAAUCCCGUGCUGGCUAUUUUCAUAAGCGGAAGCCUCUGCGCUAUGUUAGCGUUUGCCUGCCCCAUGCAACAUCUCAGCUAUAUAAUGGCGUCUAGUCACCUAUUUGCGGGCUUUCUCAGAUCAUUCUACUUGCUGUACUUGCCAUUCCGUCCAAAGUAUAUACAACGCAGUAGUUUCAAUUCAUCACUCUCGUAUAGUCGUCUGUCCACUGCACCAGUUCCUGAAAAGAGUUCUUCUUCGAAUAGUAAAAGUAAGCGCAGCUUACUGAAUGCAAGCCUAGCCAAGAAAAGUGCCAUCAAGAAACCAAAAACGAAGAAGAAACCCAAGAAGGAGUUGGAGAAGGAAUGGCUUUUGCUGGGUGAGCCCACAUCUCCUUGUCCCGUGCGCGAGCCAAAAGACGUAGAAUCUGCAAUACUAUCGGAUCGUGAGCCACCGCCUUCCGAUUUCGAAUUCCCAGAGAAAUUUGAGAAGAGCGAUUCUGAUACCUCAACCGAUAUUGACGCGAUAGUUGAUGAAUAUCGACAGAAAAUCAAGGUCACAACGGCUGGUCCAAUGGAACGCACUGGGCGCUUACCGACUCUGCUGACAUGGCGAUUUGCCAUGCUCUCUAUUUUUAUGAUUGUUUCUGGAUCAAUUUUAUGCAGCAUAGCCUUUGUAUUGCAUCACACGAAUACGGUGUUCAUUUACUUUUGUGGUGCCAUAAUCGUAAGUUCUAUGAUGUCAGUCUUUCCCAGCUACCACACCACCGUCAUCAGUGUGAGCCCGGUUCUUUGCUCUGCGUCUGUUAUGAUGGCUUCAAUGCUGUUCGUCGCUUGCUCAUACUAUUCUUGGCCGGCCAUACUCUUUUGGCUAAUUGCUGGCCUAAUUUUGGUGAUGCGCUGUGAUAAUUGGUGUUGUGGUUGUUUCGAGUAUAGCGGCGGCAAUAUACAAGAACAACUAAUACCGAGCGUUUCGGCAAAGACAGCGACGAAGGCAACAACAAUACGUAUACCACGUCCGCCCAAGACAUUCGUAACCAUACCAACUCGUGUAAGCUUAUCAAGUAGAUGACAACCAGAUUCCUCGGAAAGCGAAGAUCUUUUCAAUGAAGACUUGAAUUUGUGCGACUUUAAGGAGGAUAAAAACGAUGAUGAUGACGACUUUUGGAGUGAAUAGAAAAGAGAUAAAGACAAAAGCAAAUAAAUACAUUUGAGUACAUGAGAUCUGAGUGAUCAAAUAACUGCGUACCUAUCAAAUGAUGUACUUUAAAGGAAAUGUUGUGCCGUUGCCGUAGCCGUAGCCAUUGCCAUCGCUGUAGUCUCCGCAAAUGCUGCUUGCUUGGCUUGCCUACAACUAAACGAAGGAGAUUGGCGUAUUUUUUUUACAAAACGAAGCUAACUGAAAUAAAAUACAAUAAAGUGAAAUACGGAAUUAGAACAUUUCAAAAUUAAAUUAAAAGAAUUUAAUAAAUAAAUAUUAAAUAAAUAAAAUAAAAUAAAAUAAAAUAAAAUAAAAUAAAAUAAAAUAAAAUAAAAUAAAAUAAAAUAAAAUAAAAUAAAAUAAAAUAAAAUAAAAUAAAAUAAAAUAAAAUAAAAUAAAAUAAAAUAAAAUAAAAUAAAAUAAAAUAAAAACAAAAAAAUAAAAAUAAAAAUAAAAAAAAUUAUAAUAUAAAUAAAUAAAAUAUAAUAAAAUGUAAUAAAAUAAAAAAUAAUAAAAUAAAAUAAAAUAAAAUAAAAUAAAAUAAAAUA